CCAAAAUCUGAUGAGACCCUCAAAUAGCUCUGGCACACUAUUCUGUUUAUUUUGGAUUUAAUGAAUGCUUAUUUCUGUGAAAGCUAAUCUAAUUAUUUUCUCCUUUUUAUUUUGCUACACAACUCAUAAGAAGCAGCAGCUUGAAACCAAAUAACAGCUGAAGAACCAAAACAUGGCCAGUAAUCACUGCCAUUACUGCAUGGAAUCCCUUCUUGGCAGGAGGUAUGCAUUUAGAGAAGAGAAUUCUUACUGUGUUACAUGUUAUGAUGGCCUAUUUGCUAACUCCUGUGAAGAAUGCAAGAAGCCCAUUGAAUGUGAUGCCAAGGAUCUCUCCUAUAAAGGCCGUCACUGGCAUGAAGCGUGCUUCAAGUGUGCCAAAUGCAAUCACUCUUUGGUGGAAAAGCCUUUUGCUGCCAAGGAUGAGCUCUUGUUGUGUACUCAGUGUUAUUCUAAUGAGUAUUCAUCAAAGUGCUUCCACUGUCAGAAGGCCAUUAUGCCUGGGUCUCGUAAAAUGGAAUUUAAAGGAAGUUGCUGGCAUGAAACCUGUUUUGUUUGUCAGUACUGCCGGCAACCAUUAGGAACAAACCCUUUGAUUACCAAAGACAAUGAGAAUUAUUGUGUGCCAUGUUUUGAGAAGCAGUUUGCUCACCACUGCUACUCCUGCAAGAAGUUGAUAACUACUGGUGGAGUGACGUACCACGACCAGCCAUGGCACAAAGAAUGCUUUCUGUGUGCUGGAUGUAAGAAGCAGCUGUCAGGGCAAAAGUUUAUUUCCAAAGAUGACCAUCCAUACUGCCUAGACUGCUUCAGAAAGCUUUAUGCAAAGAAGUGUGCAGCCUGCAACAAACCCAUUACUGCUCUUGGAGGUGCCAAGUUUAUCUCAUUUGAAGAGCGCCAGUGGCACAGUGACUGCUUUAAUUGUGUGAAAUGUUCCAUUUCGCUGGUGGGACAAGGAUUUCUCACCCAGCAAGAUGACAUCCUCUGUCGUGAAUGUGGUUCAGCUGCAUAGUUAGAGAGAGAUGCGUUAUUCUCGCAUGCUGUAACCAAGUACUUCCUUACCCUGCAGUCAGAAAUUCAUGUAAAGGCCAUAAGAGUUAUUUAGUCAUUCAAGUUGCUUUCCAACAGCAGUUCAGUUCUAGCACAGUGCUCAGCUGCUACAUGCAUGCCUUAUAUCUUAUAAAAAAAUUUUUACACAGUUCUGGUUAAGAAAACAUUUCCAAAGAAAUUUCUAUAUAUAUUUUAAUGGAAAUACAGUAUGUGUGUCCUUGUAAAACAGUGCACUCUGCUGUUGGGAGCUUUAGAAUUUUAUAUUAUCCAAGAACAACUAUGAAAAAUCUGUAUUUGGAAGACAUAAUAGAUGACCUCAUUGAAGAAAACGUAUACCAAUACUCUACUGAUACAGACACUCAGGUGGAAAGUGGUGGUGGUGCAUUCCCCACUAGGCCACAAUAUUUAAUGUGAACAAUGUCCCUCUUCUCUCUGUGCCCCAAGGCUGCUGGGCAGACAAAGGAGGCUGCUGGCAAAGCAGUCAUUUCACUACGUGCAGAAGGUAGGGGGUUGUUGUACAGAAAGGAAAAAUUUCCACCACUCCAGAGGGGGUGCUACUUCUCUGCCUUGUAAGACAGAAAGGAGUAGGAGAAAUGGAUGCUCACCAGCAGAGAGAGUCAAGAGUCCACUCAUGGCCAGGAGGGUGAGGUGAGGGGACAGAAGGCCAUUUGCUCCAUAAUUUACACCGCUGAAUACACUAUAGGGCAAUUAAAAAGCUGUAUAAUCUUUGCUCCAAGUUGUAAGUCAGAAUUCCUUUGCACUGCUCUAUGCUUAAUCAAUGACCUACUCACUUUUUCCAGUUCUCUGAUUCUCAGUAUACUGAAUGUUAACUAAGCAGCUUGCAAAAAUGUGGGGCUUAGCCAAGCAAUUAAUUGUGUGUCCAAAAUUUCAGGUGCAUAUUUCCACUACGUGCAUCCGACGAAGUGGGUAUUCACCCACGAAAGCUCAUACUCCAAUACGUCUGUUAGUCUAUAAGGUGCCACAGGACUCUCUGCUGCUUUUACAGAUCCAGACUAACACGGCUACCCCUCUGAUACUAUUCAUAGAUUGUUUUUGGAAAAAGUGUCUGUAAGUGACAUUUUAAUUACUUCCACUUCAUAGUUGCUUGUAGCAACAAAUUUCUGUUUAUCUAUUAGGACACUUUACUAAGAACUACAUAUAAGUUGAAUAACAUGGGUCGGGGGAGGGGGGAGAUUUCUUUACAUUUUUUCAUGCAUUAGGAUUAAGGAAAAGAGGAAUUGCCAGACUGUAUCAGAUCAAUGGGCCCAUCUAAUCCAGUAUCCCAUCUCCAACAGUGGCCAGCACCAACUGCUCCAGAUAAAGAUGCAAGAAAAUCCAGAGUGCACAACUAUAGUGCAUGUUGCCCAUCCUGGUAGUUUCUUACUAAUACCUACCACCAGGGCAGGCCCUAGACCAAAUGGCACCUGAGGCAAAGUGCCCCUCCCCCUGGAUUUUUAAAAUUUUGAAUCCCUUAUUUUUUAUUCAAUAUGUAGCCCAUUUCACAACUUUGAUGCACAAUUUCCAUGUAUGAUUUAUCCCUGUCACAUAAGACAAUAAGUUUGCAUGCUAGGAUCUCUAAAUCUAUAUUUAUUCAUGCCAUAUA